AUGUCUCACCUUUUGAUUUCAGGCGAUAUCGAAGUCUGGGACGCGAAGAGACAGCCGGGCGGUGAUAAUCCUUGCAGGCGAAACAAUGGCAAUUGUUCUCACCUGUGCCUUCUGAGCUCGGCAAAGCCCGGUUACAGCUGCGCCUGUCCCACCGGCGUCAAACUGAUCGACAAAUACACGUGCGCCAAGAGGCCGGAGGAGCUGCUGCUGAUCGUCCAGCGAACGGAGAUCUGUCGGAUAUCCCUGGACUCGCCCGAUUACACCAACUUUGUGCUGCCGCUCACCGGCAUCAAGCACGCGAUCGCGAUCGACUUCGAUCCGGUGGAAGAGUUGCUGUACUGGACCGACGAACAGACAUACGCCAUCAGACGAGCACCUCUUGACGGAUCGAGUCAGCAGGACGUGAUCUCCACGGAGGUGGCUAAUCCAGAUGGAAUCGCGAUAGACUGGAUCGCCCGCAAUCUCUAUUGGACGGACACCGGGACUGAUCGGAUCGAAGUGGCGCGGCUAGACGGGAAAUAUCGGCGCGUGUUGGUGAACGAGGACCUGUUCGAGCCACGAGCGAUCGCGGUCGCGCCCGAGCACGGCUGGAUGUUCUGGACCGACUGGAACGAGAAGCGGCCGAAGAUCGAGCGCAGCAAUCUCGACGGCAGCGAGCGCAUGUUACUGAUCACCAAGGACAUCGUCUGGCCGAACGGCAUCGCCCUGGACCUAGAGCGCAAGAAGAUGUACUGGUGCGACGCGAAGACCGACAAGAUCGAGGUGUCCAACAUGGAUGGGACCGAUCGGCGCGAGGUCAUCACCGACAAUCUGCCGCAUCUGUUCGGCCUCAGUCUGCUGGGCGAUUAUCUGUACUGGACCGAUUGGCAGCGCCGCAGCAUCGACCGCGCGCACAAGCUCACCGGUGGCAAGCGCGAGGUCAUUGUCGACCAGGUGCCCAAUGUCAUGGGAAUCAAGGCUGUACAUCUCGGCCAAAUGAACGCCAGCAGUUCGCUGUGCGCUCGCAACAACGGCGGAUGUAGCCACCUCUGUUUCAACAAGCCCAACAACAGAUACGUCUGCGCCUGCCAGAUGGGCUACGAAUUGACCAAGGACAAGCGUACUUGCGUCGUACCGGACGCCUUCCUGCUCUUUUCCAGGAAGGAGAAUCUUGGCCGGAUCAGCAUCGAGAACGUUAACAAUGAUAACAUCAUACCUGUUACCGGUAUCAGAGAAGCCAGCGCUAUAGACUUUGACUUGUCUGAGAACCGCAUUUAUUGGACGGAUAAUAAGCUAAAAACUAUCACGCGUGUCUUCAUAAAUGGAUCGGAUAUCGAAAAGAUAGUCGAUCUCGGCUUAGAAGCACCGGACGGUAUUGCAUUUGAUUGGAUCGCGCACAAUCUCUACUGGAGUGACACCACCUCACAUAGAAUAGAGAUGAUAAGAAUAGAAGGGGGCAGCAGGAAAAUACUCUUGUGGCAAAAUCUUGACGAGCCUAAGAAUGUUGCUGUGGAUCCACAGAGAGGUCAUCUGUACUGGGCCGAAUGGGGCGAUACCGGCAGCAUCGAGAGGGCACUGCUGGACGGGACACAGCGGCAAAUGAUUGUCACAAAAAUCGGCAAGGCGAAUGGUCUGACAAUCGACUAUGCGGGGCGCAAAUUGUACUGGGCUGACAUCUCCGCGCCUGCAAUCACCUCUUACGAUCUGCUGACAAAUCGGAAGGAUGCCGUCAUUUCGCGUAACAUAGUCUAUCCGUUCAGCGUUACGCAGUAUCGGGACUACAUUUAUUGGGCGGAUUGGAACACGGGCGACAUCGAGAGGGCGGACAAGAUCACCGGGGCGAAUCGCACCAAGAUCCACACGAAUCUAGCGUCGGUGACGGACCUGAAGGUGUUUCACGCGUCGCGGCAGGCCGGUUCAAACCCGUGCGCGAUCACAAACGGCAAUUGCAGCCACUUCUGCAUCGCGCUGCCGGGCCCGAACGACAGUGCGUCCGUCUCGCACAGAUGCGCGUGUCCCACGCACUACAGUUUGGCGCGGAACAACCGGACCUGCGUGGCGCCGCGACACUUUAUGAUUUAUAGUCUGCGCACCGCGAUCGCGCGUUAUCUGCCCGAUCAGACAGACGACUGCGCGGAAGUGGUGUUACGCAUACAGGGCCUGAAGAACGUCCGCGCGAUCGAGUUCGAUCCAGUGACGCAGCACGUCUACUGGAUCGAUGGUCGCUCGACGAUCCGCCGCGCUCUGGAGAACCGGACGCAGCAGCAGCAGCACAGCAGCUCGAUUGUGAUCACCAUCGGAAACGGACAUGCGUUCGACCUCGCGCUGGACCCACUGGGUAGGCUGCUCUUCUGGACGUGCUCGACGAACGACGCACUCAACGUUACGCGACUGGACAAUGGCUCGGCUCUCGGCGUCGUGGUGAAGGGCGACGGCGAGAAGCCGCGUCACAUCGCCAUCCACUCACAGCAGCGAUUGCUUUUCUGGACGGACAUUGGCAAGAGACGGGUGGUGCGCAGCAAGAUGGAUGGCAAGGAGCGCCAUACAAUCGCGGGCGAUUUGCAGGAGCCGCCUACCGGCUUGACAGUGGACACCACAACGUACAUCGUGUACUGGUCGUACGGCAGGCACAUCGAAUGCUCCAACUUCGAGGGCGGUAAUCGCAAACUUCUCACUUCCACCACACAGGGCUCGGCACUGCACUUGACUGUCCUCUUCGACUACAUCUACUGGUACGAUCGGGAUGCGCAGAUGAUCGAGCGGAUCAACAAGACGUUCGACGGGACUAACAGGCGACCCAGGAACUUGACGACGAGCCGCGCGUUCACGGAUCUCAUCGCGGUCAACAUGCCCGAGGACUCGCUCAUGGAGACGCACGUGUGCAGCCCGUUCAACGACUACGGCGGCUGCUCGCACUUCUGCGUCGGGACUAAUACCGUUGCCGACGAGGCCGCCACGUCGCCCCGUUGCUCGUGCCCCAAGUCGUUGGUUCUGUCCGACGACGGCCGAACCUGUCGCGCGGCGCCUGUCUGCGGGAACGAUCACUUCACGUGCGCCGCGCCGAACGCGGCCGUGAGCAAGGAUUGUAUACCGGCCACGUGGAAGUGCGACGGGCAAACCGACUGUUCGGACGGCAGCGACGAGCUGGGAUGUCCCACGUGCUCCCGCGAUCAAUUCAAAUGUCAGAAUCACUGUAUCGAAUUGUCCUGGGUAUGUGACGGAACUCAACAGUGUCCGGACGGUUCGGAUGAGGCGCAAUGCUGUCAGAGCGGGCAAUUUCAGUGUGUCGGAAAUGGCGUCUGCAUUUCCGGGGCGUUAAAGUGUAACGAAUGGGACGACUGCGCCGACGGCAGUGACGAGCUACCGCCAGCCUGCCCGCACAAUCCGCAUCGGCAGAACGCCGGCCCUGAGAUCAACGAAUCCAAGAUGACCUACAUCAUCAUCUUUCUAGUGAUAUUGCCCGUGUUCAUCGCGAUUGUUUUAAGCUACUACUGCUGCCGCAGAAGGUUUACUGGAAACGAGGGUUUGCCCGAUAUACUGCACGAUUCAGCGGGAGAUCCAUUAUCACCAAAAUCUAGUUCAAACAAUCGAAUGGUGAUGCCGAUGUUUGUUUCGCAAAAGAACAACAGGAAGGACGGAGGAGGAAGUGGAGGUCUUAAGGCUGGGAUGGCAGGCGUGAGGAUGUCCAUGUUGAACGGAAGUAGUCUUGGCUCGAGUUAUGAUCGCAGUCAUAUUACAGGUGCAUCAAGUUCUACUAGGGGUAGUUCCGCGGGUGGAUAUCCUCAGGAAACUCUGAAUCCUCCUCCAAGUCCAGCGACAAUCGUUAGCUCGACGCGUUGCUCGAGCAGCAACGCGUCGCGUUAUAAGCCAUAUCGACACUACAGGAGUAUCAAUCAACCGCCACCGCCAACUCCGUGUAGCACCGAUGUCUGCGAUGAGUCGGACAGUAAUUAUCCAGCGCGCUAUCGUUACGAGAGCGAACCGUUUCCACCGCCGCCAACUCCGCGGUCUGUCUAUCACAGUGACGCGGCGAUCAGCUGCCCACCGUCCCCGAGUUCCAGAUCGUCCACAUAUUUUAGUCCCCUACCGCCACCACCGUCGCCGGUGCCUUGAGGAAAGGCCUGAAGUAGAGACAGAUAAUGCUCUGGUGCUUCUACUCUUGCAUUUAUCUUAUUUCAGUAUUCUUUUUUGUUAUCGAUAGUUAAAUCUUAUUGGUUACGGUCAAUUAAAUCGACCAUUGCGCAUAGCAGUUUCAACGGAAACUUAAACAGGCAAAUAGUAAUUGAGGAAUCGACAGUAGGUUCUUACGAAACGAUAUAAGGAAAAAUAUGGCAAAAAUAUAUUAGCUUUUACAGCAAUAAUCUCUGUCAUAUAGCAAAUUCAAGUGGAUAUGCCAUGUGCAUACUGGUUCAUAUUAAAGAUAUUUGUACACUAGUUUAUGUAUAAAGGCGUUUGUAUAAUAAGUGGAUGAAUUUGGAUGCCCGACAUGGGUUAUCAUAUUGUUCAAUAGAAUGCAUUAGAGCACUUUAGUCAUAAAGCACUUAUUUAUGUUUUACAUCUGCAUAUAUAUUUUUACAUCUAAAUAGAUGAAUGCAUGUAUAUACACAUUACAUACAAUUUACUUUAAUUUGUACCAGUGUAUUAAUCGAAUUCGCUCUUUAAUUACUCGUUAGCAUAAUAACGAACAGUUUUAUUAGAAAUACUGUAAGACCAGCGUGUAAUCUCAUUCAAAGGAUUAAGGUAAAUUAUACAGGUAGAACGUACCAGAGCGAAAUUCUAUCAAAGCAAGUAUUUCUCAUGUAACCUCACGUUUUGGACUUUGCACUUUUCAAUCUUUGACGUGAUAAAAUUCUAUUUUGUGAGAGUCAUAUGAUCAUUAGAAUUUACAACAAUUUAUCAUAACUCCCAUUAAUCGAUUAACGGUUACUUUUGGAAUAAAACUUCUGUUACGGAAAGAAAAUAAUUUUAUUGAUAUAAUUCUUCUUUCAAUUUUUAAUUUCGGAACGUAAUAGAGUUUUCCAAAGAAAUAAUUUUAUAUUUCGAUAACAUUACGAUAAUGACCCAUUAAUCUAAGAUUGAAAAUAGUCGUAGUUUAAUUUUAAUUUUCAUUGUAAUUAUGAUUAUUUUAGUUUAUGUAUAUAAUAUACAUAUAAUU